UUUAUACAUAAGUGAAUAACUAACAAGCAUGAAAACAUUCAGGAAUGUGGUAGUGACGCCGUCGGUGGAAGAAUCGGGAGCAAGUGUGAACCUUGUCGUCGUCGGGACAGGUCAGAGGUGGCUUCGUUGUUCUGUAAUACAUGCAAGGUAUAUCUAUGCGAUGACUGCUGUGAUGUACACAAGGGACACAUGACUAACGCAGAUGAACAUCAUAUUGUGGCUGCCCAUGAAGCCUGUGUCAAGCCAGAUGUCGAUAUGACGGGACUAGAUCAGUGUUUAGAACAUAAACGCGUGUUCAUGUUUCACUGUGAAGACCACGAUUUGUGCUGUGAAAUCUGUGCCUUUUUUCGUCAUCGAAGAUGCAAUAAUAUCCACGAAAUAGCAAAGGUGGCUAAGAAUGUGAAAUGUAAUGAAAGGGAUAAUAUACGUGCAUCCAUUAUCACUGCCUCAGAAGUUAUAAUGAAAUGCGAGGAGGAUCAAUUGAACAACGUUUCGAGAGUCGAAGAAAUCUUUAACGAAAUUGAUUUUUACAAAGAAGAUUUAUUAAAGAAAAUUAAGAAAGCAAAGGCGCGAAUUGUCAUCGAAAUGACUAACUAUAAUACACAGGAAGAUGAGCGUCUAAAUACGAGAAGAAAUGCGGCUGAAAACCUAAAGAAAGAACUUGAAACGCACUUGGCAAUGUCGGAUAGCGUUCGCGAGAACGGAACGGAAACGGAAAUGUUCAUUCUUAACCACAUUCUUAAAAGGAUGCAAAACAAAGCAUCACAAAUUCUGAACACUUUGUUGAAGAAUGAUUACACCGUCAAAGUGGGACUAGAAAUCAACGAAAACAUUUUGAAAAUAAAAACUACUGAUGUGGAAUUAUUCUCAUUAAAUUAAAUACAAGAGCAAAAACCACAAUCAUUAAAUGGAUACGAUUUAAUCAAGCCAGAAAAUAGCUCUAAAAAUGUG